AAGAAAAGUAAAGGCGUUCACGUGUUUGUGGGCAUGCUCCAUGUGCAGUCGGCGAUGGAGUGGAGUUUUUAAGAUAACAAAAACAAAGGCGCGAUGUUCCUCUCUCAAGGCUCAUCUCACGGAUCUUGCCUCUUUCUCUUUCUCUUUCUGCUUCCUCUUCCCUUCCUCUCUCUUUUUUCUAUGUACAUAUAAAUACCACCCCCUCCUUCCCCUUUCUUUCUGUUCCAAGUCCAAGUCUAGCCUUGAGAGAAUUCAUAUGUACUAUUGUUAGCGCAGAUUCAUUUGGCUUUCUCUGUCUCUGUUUCUGUAUAUACCAAAGAAGAAAAAGAAAAUUAAGCAAAACACCUGAUUAUCUACUACCGCCAGAAUCAAUACAGAAUGACCUCUUGGAAAAAGACCAUCACUUCCCCUUUCAAGAAAGCUUGCACUUUCUUCAAUCAUCAGCAACCCACCAGAGAUCAUAACAAGUCCCAGUUGCCAGGAAAUGAAAACCGUGCGAUGGAUCUGCAUGGCGAGGUGAUGGCAUGCGGCUACGAGGAUGUUCAAGUCAUGUGGUCCAUUCUUGAUAAGUCCAAGUCCACCAACUGCAAUUUCACUUCUUCCUGAUGCUCUCCUCCCACUUAAUUUCACAUUUUCACAUCCUAAUUUGGUUCAUUAAUUCGCACGGAUCUGCGUCUGCCCUCUCUCUCUCUCUCUAUAGAUAUAUAUAUAUAUAUAUAUAUAUAUAUAUAUAUAUAUAUAUAUAUAUAUAUGAUCUCUUGUAGAUAUAAACAAAUCCCUUCACCCCUACCCCCUCCCCAACCAAAAGAAUUAGAUUAUUUAGGACCCUUUCAAUUGUUUUCAAGCCCCUUCAGCUUGAGAAGAUCUGAUGCAGUGGCUCUUUUCUUUUUCCUUUAGAUAUAUAUGUUCUCAUUCGAUUUAAUAUAGGGAAUCCCUAUGAUGAAAUGAUACAUCAUGGUGAGAUUUUUUUAA